UCACAGUCCGCCACUGGGUUUUGCAGUCUCCUGAUUUCCUCAGUCCCCACGGGGAGCCAACGUGGGCAAGCUCCUCUGUAGUUUCAGGAGCUAGUCUGCUGCCUCGGAAGCCGCAUUCUGAGUUGGGGAGUGGAAAGGUGACCCUUUGUUUGUACUUUCAAAGAUCUGCCCCAAAGAUACUGCUGCUCUUCUUCUGGAAAAGCCUGAUCGGUAGGAUUCCUCCAAAGGCUCAGCUCCCAAGUGCUUUAUGCCAUCCCCUCACCAACUUCAAAACUGAAGCUUGCCAAGAAGCACCGGACGCAGACCUGCUGGGUUCCAUCAUUUCACACAAAUGGCCAAAUCUGGAGGCGGUGCCGCCUGCAACGGGAGUCUCCCCAGCCAGGGGAAGCAGGGGGCCGGCUCGCAGAACGGGAACUGCGCCGGGAACGGCAGCGUGAAGGAAGCCCAGCAAAAUGGGAAGCCACAUUUUUAUGAGAAGCCGAUUAUUGAAUCCUUUGAGGAAGCACCUCUGCACGUUAUGGUUUUCACGUACAUGGGAUAUGGGAUUGGAACCCUAUUUGGCUAUCUCAGAGACUUUUUGAGAAACUGGGGAAUAGAAAAAUGCAACGCAGCUGUAGAACGAGAAGAACAAAAAGAUUUCGUGCCACUGUAUCAAAACUUUGAGAAUUUUUACACACGAAACAUUUACAUGAGAAUCAGAGACAACUGGAACCGGCCCAUUUGCAGUGCCCCAGGGCCUCUGUUUGACAUGAUGGAGAGGGUAUCGGAUGACUACAACUGGACAUUUCGGUUCACUGGAAGAAUCAUCAAGGAUGUCAUCAACAUGGGCUCCUACAACUUCCUUGGCCUAGCAGUCAGGUACGAUGAAUCUAUGAGGACAGUGAAGGAUGUUUUAGAGGCAUAUGGAGUAGGUGUGGCCAGUACCAGACAUGAAAUGGGGACCUUGAAUAAGCAUAAAGAGUUGGAGGACCUUGUGGCUAAGUUCCUGAAUGUAGAAGCAGCCAUGGUCUUUGGGAUGGGAUUUGCAACUAACUCAAUGAAUAUCCCUGCACUAGUUGGAAAGGGAUGCCUCAUUUUAAGUGAUGAGUUAAACCAUGCGUCUCUCGUGCUUGGGGCCCGACUGUCAGGUGCAACCAUAAGGAUCUUCAAACACAACAACAUGCAAAGCCUAGAGAAGCACCUGAGAGAUGCGGUAAUCUAUGGCCAACCUCGAACCCACAGAGCUUGGAAAAAGAUUCUCAUCUUGGUGGAGGGUGUCUACAGCAUGGAAGGUUCCAUUGUGAAUCUGCCCCAGAUCGUGGCUCUAAAGAAGAAAUACAAGGCUUACCUCUACAUUGAUGAAGCUCACAGUAUUGGGUCUGUGGGCCCGACUGGCCGGGGUGUAGUGGAAUUCUUUGGAAUGGACCCUCAAGAUGUCGAUGUGCUUAUGGGCACAUUCACCAAAAGCUUUGGAGCCUCGGGAGGUUACAUAGCUGGAAGGAAGGACCUUGUGGAUUAUCUACGGGUUCACUCACAUAGUGCUGCUUAUGCUACCUCCAUGAGCCCCCCGAUAGCGGAGCAAAUCAUCAGAGCAAUGAAAUUCAUCAUGGGACUGGAUGGGACCACGCAAGGGUUAAAGAGAGUACAGCAACUUGCAAAAAACACAAGAUACUUCAGACAGAGACUGAACGAAAUGGGAUUCAUUAUCUAUGGCAAUGAGGAAUCUCCCGUUGUUCCCCUGCUCCUUUACAUGCCUGGUAAAGUAGCGGCUUUUGCAAGGCAUCUACUAAACAGAAAAAUCGGGGUGGUGGUUGUUGGAUUUCCAGCUACUCCUCUAGCUGAAGCUAGGGCCCGGUUCUGUGUUUCAGCAGCACAUACCCGGGAGAUGUUAGACACGGUGCUGGCCGCCCUGGAUGAGAUGGGUGACCUCCUGCAACUGAAAUACUCGCGGAACAGGAAGUCGGCGCGCCCCGAGCUCUACGACGAGACCAGCUUUGAACUCGACGACUAAGUCUCCAGGUCCUGGAUGGAGCCUAAAGACUUUGCCAGAAAGAUUAUCCCUUUGCCUCAAAAAGAAUAUAAGUGGAUUUCUCUCCCGUUCCAAGGACAGCUUGGAUUUUGAACCCAGCUUCAUUGAACUGGGGGAGAGAGAUGUUGUUGGGUCCUUCGUGUCUCCAACUCAGGACUGCAGAGACAAAUACAGUUUCAGAUUUCAGUUUCUCUUCUUCCAAGUAUCCUGCUACACACACACACACACACACACACACACACACACACACACACACUUCUCAGAAUGUUUGUAAUGGCAGUGAGCCUGUGUUUUAGCUGCUACUGUGCAGCCUCUUUGGUCCAGACCCUUUCAGGAAUUCCAGCCAAAUGAGAGGGUUUUGAUUUUUAAGUCCGUAGAUCUCACUGUGUGUUUACUUACCCCAUCAGCAGACACGGGCCAGGGUGGUGGGCAGCAGUGGACCUCCUCGUUCCGGCAUGAAAGCACCAGCUAGAACUCGUGUAUCACAGGAAGUUCCAGGCAGGAAGGUAAAGAAAUGUUGCUUCUACCAUUUGCCACAUUUGGACUUUUUCCAAGGACAAGUGUCAAAAGCCAUAGUUAGUGUUUUGAGGGAGAGAGCAGAACUGGCCAGCAGCGCCUAGAGACGUCUUUGAAGGAAACUUUCCUUUUUCUCUUGCUGGUCUCCUACAGUUUUACAGCUGAGCUUUUGAGGUUUGGAAAAUUCAAGAUGUUUGUUUCAUAAGGAAGUGGGUAGACAGCAAGCACCAGCCAAGUUAAGACCUAGACUAAAAUCGUGAAGUUAGAAGAAUUUGAACAUUUUUGGUGCCAUGCAGAGUGAAUGUUUAGCAUGUAUAAUCUCUAUGACUUUAAGGAAUGAGUUGACAUUUUCCUAUUGAAUUUUAAGUAAAUGGUGAGAUUCAAUUUUCUUUAGAGUUGACUCCCAAGACUACACUUGAAGAAUUGGUUCAAAACUAUCUAAAAGCAAAUAUUCAACAUUCUCAAAACUGACACCCCCACUUAGGCCUAUUAACAUUAAAUAGUGCUGUCAUCUGCCAAAUGCACUUAAAUUGGUGCAAAGUGAACUUGCACACUAUUGGCAACUAACUAUAAUUUACUUCAGCCCUCAUUCGCGCGCUCUCUCUCUCUCUCUUUCUGUCUCUGAACACAGACUUCUCUGGAAUAGUACCCCUUUGCUAAUUGGAUCUAGUUGGUAUGGAAAAAGCCAGUGGAAAACCUUAUCUUUAACAAGCUCCCAGAUGGUGCCCAGAUUUGGAAACUCUAAAGAGCAGUGGUGACCUUUUAGGAAAGCUUCUGUAAUAGUUUGAAUGAGUUACAGAACAUUCCACUCCAUCAAAUGACACUAUAAACAAAUCACUUCAAGAGAGGUUUGACUUUGUGUGACACAGAUGGACCCAAGCUUUCAUGCUGUGCACUGAGAUAGAAACUCAACCCGAAGCUCCAGUGUUGGAUGGAGCAAUGUGCCCUGACACUCAAAGCUUAUUAAAGGGUAAGGGUGA